AUGGCGCUGUGGACUGGGCUGAGUCAGGCGGCCACGGUGGUGCAGCUGGUCAGCGCGGACGUCGGCGGCCUCAUCUCCAUGAUCGUGCAGGCCGCUCUGACGGCCCGGCAGAACAGGUCCGAGUGCGAGCAGCUCGCGCGUCGGGCCCUCAUGAUCGCGCAGCUGCUGCGGCACGUGCAGGAGCCAGAGGCGGCGCAGCCGCUGGCCGGACUGGGCGAUGCUCUCCGGAACGCCCACGAGCUCGUCGUGUCGUGCAAAGGGCGGAGCGCGGCAUACCAGUUCGUCAUGGCCAGCAGGACAGCCGAAAAGUUCAGGGAGGUGCGGAGCAAGAUAGACUCCUACCUCAUCCUCUUCCUGGUGAUCAGCCACAUUGGCAUCACACGGCGCCUUGAACGAAUCUACAACAUCCUUGUCACAGAUGACUCCACCAGAGGUCAACCAUCGUCUCCACUUCUACAGUUGGCGGAGAUCCUGGCUGCCACCAAUAACUUCGCCCGGUGUACAGGGGCAGGCUUCACGAUGGGCAAAAGGUGGCCAUCAACACGGAGCUCGACCUACUAUCACGGCUCCGACACAAACACAUCGUCCACCUCCUUGGAUCGUGUGUGA